AUUUGUGCCAUAACAGCAACCAACAUGUUCCUGUUCAAAUUACUUGACUAUCGUAUUGGUAGGUGCCUCUGCCUAGUUAGUGUGCCCCGGAGAUAAGAAUUUACUUCCAGCCACUUUGCUUGUAUUGGUAACGUAUUAAGACGUAUUCUGGUGGGCCUUAAUCUACCUUCAAUUGGACCGGACUUACUACAACAGCUACAGAAUCAGCAUGGCUACCAAGGUAUAUGAACUCUCCACGACAAUCUCGGAAACCUCCUACUACAUGAAUGGCGGGCACCAAUUAUCCCCAUCCAGUACUGGUCAUCCGAUUGAUGUUCCCUAUACCUCGUCUCAUCACUUGGCUGAAGUACUAUUUCUAGAUUUCGGUCCAGACCAAACUGUGGCUUACCAGGAUAUUCCACAUAGAUUAGUUGUGUGGUGUGGUAUCGGGCAGCCUCCAACUUCGCUCCGAAGCAGAAUUACAGAUGACAACCUCAUCCUUCCUGGUAUGACGUUCGAAAACAUUCAGACUGGGCUCAGCUUAUAUUACCACUGAGAGUGUUGGCCAGCUUUAUUGCACACAAUGGCACACAAGUUUUAGCUCCCAUCCAAUAGUAGAGGUGUUCUGUAACCAUCGUCGCCAAUUAGCACACUGUAUGUCUUCCAUCGUUGUAUCACUCGCCCCGAGCUUCUCGCUGCAGUUCGACAAUCUUAAUUCAAA